AUGAUUAGUAAAAGUGAUGCUGGUCCUGAACCUAUUCCAGGCAAACGUUUAAAUUCAAAUGAUUUAAUCGAAGCAUUUAAAAUAGCACAUGAAGCAGGUACACGUGAAGCUGCUAAUAAAUUACGUGAUGCAUUCGAACAUGAAAAUGGUUGUCAAGCUGCUGUUCAAUCAUUCCACGCACAUUUACCAUUACAUAAAAUGCGUAGUGAUCUCGAACCAUCAUUUGGAGCAUGUUUUCGAUUAGAUAAAUAUGAUUUACAAAUAUCACGUCCAGUUGCUCAAGUACUUCUUAGUGCUGGAUCUAUUAAUGAAUCUGAAUUAACAGUACUUCCAACACGAGAUUGGCGUGCAUCAAUGUAUGAUAGUCGUCCACAUUUACCAGUACAUGGUUUAUUAAAACAUGGACAGAAAGCAUUUACAAGUUUAUUUAUUGAUACUGCGCAAGGAUUAAGACGAGCAGCUGGUUCAGAUAGUUUCACAACAGGUACACUUGAUGGUGCAGAAAGUAUUGUUAAAGGUGUAGGAAAAAGUAUUGGACAUGUAUAUAUUGGUUGUUUAUCAUUUUAUGGUGAAGUAACCGAUGUACUUGAACGUAUACCACAAAUGUAUGAUCCAUAUUCAGAUACAGAUAAACGUAAAAGACCACAAGUAGAAAAUUUUACAUCUGGUGCACGAGCUGCUGAACAUUCUAUAUGGCAUGGAUUUAAAGAUGGUGUUACAGGACUUAUAAAUAAACCUCGAGCAGGUUAUCAAAAACAUGGUGUUUUAGGUGGAGCAGCAGGUGCAGCUGUUGCUAUACCAAAUAUUGUUAUUAAACCAGUUGUUGGUACUCUUGCUUCAUUAACUUGGUUAGGUCGAGGUAUUUAUGCUGAAGCUAAACAAUUUUCAAGUACGAAAGAUACCAAUCCAAAAGAACGUGUAUCAAUAUUAACUCCAGCAGGACAUCGACGAUCAUCAUCCGGAUCACAAUUAAUGAAUUCUGGCGCAUCACCUGAAGGUCGUGCAUCAUUAGAAUCUGGUUUACGAACAGAUGUAUGCAAACAAAUAUUAACUGAAUUCGAACGAAUCAAAUAUGAACAUAGUUCAAGAUCGUCUUCAUCAAUAAAUGACAGUGAAGAUUCUCAAAAAACAAAGAAAAAAGAACGAAAAAUAAAAAAAAAUAUAUUUCAACGGCAACGUAGUCAUUCAGCAUCACAUCAUUAA